UGCCACUGCCCGGCAAGCGGUAAAACAGACAACAACAAAAAUAUAAAAAGAUUUUUAAAAAUUUGGUUUUACGUAGAACCAGUCAAAUCAAGGAUCUGUAGGAACAUGUUGCGGGCAGCAGGGACUAUGUCCAAGGGCUUGACGAUCCCUCCCCAGGCCAUCUGCGAGUUGUGGGGCUUGCCUAGGAUGUGGUGGGGUUUGACAGUGGGCCCUGUUAAACCUCUAUAAAAAGCUGCAUGUAUCCGCAAGUAGGCCUCACCAAAGCGACCGUGUGCCGCUCAAAGCGCACAAGCCCAAGUCCUGGUGUUAGGUGGGACGCUAAACAGCCCUGACACGACGGCCCUCCGACGAGACAGGAGGUUUGCGCAGGCCCAAUAAGCCGCCUAGAAAACCAAUCAUUACGAACAAUAUAAGAGAUAAUGCGACUCGAUAUAAUCGGCAAAGACCUAGGCGACGAAUACAGGAUCACGAUUGGAAGCUUGGAACAUGGAACUGCAAGUCGCUAGGUUUCGCAGGUUGCGACAGGAUGAUCUACGAUGAAUUACAUCCCCGCAACUUCGACGUCGUGGCGCUGCAGGAGAUUUGCUGGACAGGACAGAAAGUGUGGAAAAGCGGGCAUCGAGCGGCUACCUUCUACCAAAGCUGUGGCACCACCAACGAGCUGGGAACCGGCUUCAUAGUGCUGGGUAAGAUGCGCCAACGCGUGAUUGGGUGGCAGCCAAUCAACGCAAGGAUGUGCAAGCUGAGGAUUAAAGGCCGUUUCUUUAACUAUAGCAUCAUCAACGUGCACUGCCCACACGAAGGGAGACCCGACGACGAGAAAGAAGCGUUCUACGCACAGCUGGAGCAGACAUACGAUGGAUGCCCACUGCGGGACGUUAAAAUCGUCAUCGGUGACAUGAACGCACAGGUAGGAAGGGAGGAAAUGUAUAGACCGGUCAUCGGACCGGAUAGUCUGCACACCGUAUCGAAUGACAACGGCCAACGAUGCAUAAACUUCGCAGCCUCCCGCAGAAUGGUAGUCCGAAGCACCUUCUUUCCCCGCAAAAAUAUCCACAAGGCCACAUGGAGAUCACCUAACCAAGAAACGGAAAACCAAAUCGAUCACGUUCUAAUCGACGGUAAAUUCUUCUCCGACAUCACGAAUGUCCGCACUUACCGCAGUGCGAAUAUUGAAUCCGACCACUACCUCGUUGCAGUAUGCCUGCGCUCAAAACUCUCGACGGUGUACAACACGCGUCGAAGUCGGACGCCGCGGCUUAACAUUGGGCGGCUACAAGACGGUAGACUAGCCCAAGAAUACGCGCAGCAGCUGGAAGUGGCACUUCCAACGGAAGAGCAGCUAGGCGCAGCGUCUCUUGAAGAUGGCUGGAGAGAUAUUCGAUCCGCCAUUGGUAGCACCGCAACCGCUGCACUAGGCACGGUGCCCCCGGAUCAGAGAAACGACUGGUAUGACGGCGAAUGUGAGCAGUUAGUGGAAGAGAAGAAUGCAGCAUGGGCGAGAUUGCUGCAACACCGCACGAGGGCGAACGAGGCACGAUAUAAACAGGCGCGGAACAGACAAAACUCGAUUUUCCGGAGGAAAAAGCGCCAGCAGGAAGAUCGAGACCGUGAAGAAACGGAGCAACUGUACCGCGCUAAUAACACACGAAAAGUAUUCGAAUAUAACCGUGAUGCCUGA